AUGGACCGCCAGCAAUAUCGAAGGCUGUUAAAGAAGAUGCGCAUGCCCUUUGUGAGAGGUCCUGAGAACAGACACGACUUUGCCAGCUUUGAAGAGAAAGACAGUAAAUCUUUCCUUAAAUUCAACCCGUACACCUGUGCAGGAGAGCCGAAUUACCCUUUAUUCCCACAUCGGGAUGAUGUGUCUUUAGUAGAUCCUUGCUCAGGUUUUGUGAGUCCAGGAGCUGAUGCUGAACUCCAGCCCUACGCCGGAAGAGCCGUCGAGUCCCUGGUGGACUACAGUGAUGUGAAACCUCAUCAGCGGGUCCCUGCCUCGGGAGAGAGAGGCCAGGCUGCCCACAGGAGGCGGCUGAUCCUCCUGGAGGAAACCAGCUGGGAUGGAAGGUGGAACUCCAGGGCCGUGCCAGCUGCUUCUGUCAGGGCACGACUUGGAGGUUGGAAGACUCUGGUUGAAGAUGCUUCUGCUUUACCAGACCAAAACCAUAUUUUUGCAUUUCAUGUGAAUCCCACUCUCAAGAAAUCAAAUGAUCUUUCUGCAAGGUGGAGAGAAGAAAAAGCAAGGAAGUAUUUCUACAGUUCAAGUACUCAAAGAGGUUAUGAAGAAGUUCCUUGGGAUAAUAUUUUGCCUCCCAAAAUCCAGCCACCGGAAACAACAGUAGAAGUGAUGGCUGAUCCUGUUUCCCAGUAUUUCACAAGAAAGAGAUACAAUUCUGAGUCUGAAUUAAGCCAAGUUGUUGGAGGCCUCUGGGACAGAUUUCAGACAAGAUCUUUUACCUCUCCACAGAGACCUGUUGUUUUUGUAAGCCCAAGCUCUCGAACCUGUCAUAUCCCUUCCUAUACUGGCUGUGUUGGUGCAGUAAAUUUUGAAGACAUUGACAAUGCCAGCGUGGACUUAAUCACACUUGGUCAUGUGCGAAGUUCAAAGCCUCGCUACACAAACUCUGCACACACUCCAAAUAUCCCUGGGUACACUGGCAAGGUUCAUUGGACAGCAACCCACCCAGCCAAUUCUAAUGUUCCAUCAACAACCCCAUCGAUAAUUGCACGAAUGCAGGGAUACAUAGCAGAGCAUGGACACUCAACUCAAUACAAUCACCAGGGUCCUUUCUCCCAAAUGCUUACUCCAGUUAGUCCUCAGAACUCUUUCAAAAAGAUACCACAACAAACUAUUAAAGUUUAAGAAGCAUCAGACCUUUU